AUGGUUGACAAAAGGGAGCACCUACCAAUCUACUCCCCUACUCUGCUACUACAUUACAAUUUACAAUUCUCUUCCUCCAACUUUACUGUUUGUUUCCACUUUCUAUGUCCUCCAUAAAAAAUGGCCAAUCUCCCUCUUUAUUCUCUCUUGCUGACUACAGUUCUUUUCCUCUCUCUUUUCUAUUUUUGAAUUUUUUAUUUUCUAGGCAUCUUAUAUGUUUUAAUUUUCAUAAUUAUAAAAAUAUAUUAAUAUCAUAUAGAAGAUGGGGAGGAUCUUAUAGGAGUUUCUCAAUCUAUAUGCUUUUUCGUCUCAUUAAGCACUCAUCAAAUCCCCAUUAUUCCCAAACCAAACAACCAAAUUAGACACCAAACUUUUUCUGAUACACUCUUUUCUUCCUCCUUAAUAUUCUUCGUAACUUGGGGUUCUUCUCUGCUCAGCUUUGCUGCCUCAAAACAAUGAAUGAGCAAUAUUGGAAGAAGAGUGGUCAAAUACCGGUGUUUGGAAACUGGGAAAACGCGAAUGAGCUGCCAAUCACGCAGUACUUCGAGUGCGCGAGGCAGGCGGUCUCCGGGGGAUUGCUUCGCUACAGCAAUUCCUCCUCCGGGGAAUGCCAUUGCCAUCCCUAUGUCUCCGCCGGCGGCGGUGAUCAGCUCCGCGCCAUUGAUUUCAAGAAAUAUCCUCUUCCGACCACCGGCCUUCCACCUCCCCCUCCAAAGAAGAAGACGAGGGUAAUAAAUAAAAGGUGCCCGCAAGUGAAGGAGGAGAAAAACCAAGUAAAGAAGGUGGUAUUAUGUGCCGUGCCCGAACCGCCGAGAAAACCGCAAACGUCCCAAAUGGUACAACCCCCCAAGCAUUCCACCACCACUAAAAUCACCACCUCCACCACAAUUCGUAAUCGUCGGCAACCUUCGACUGCCACCGCAACUGCCACCAUAGUGAAAGCAGUAGAUGAAGAUCUUUACAAAAUUCCACCCGAGCUCCUCCACAAAACCAAGCGGAAGAAAAGGAUGGGACUUUUUUCAAGAUGCUUAGUGCCAUCUUGCAUGGUGUAAAUUUGAACUCUAAUAAAGAGUGACAAAAAUUACAUGGUACUACUAUGUGGAGAUGCAUUGCCUUGCAGCUAUAUAUAUAUGCAGUUUUGAAGGCUUAUCAGUAAUGGUGAAAAUUACAUCAGGGAGCGAUCGAGCAUUUAAGAGUAGCAUGAAGAAAUCUGCUUCUUCAAUGGCCUCCCAAUCGACCUCUGUUGACCAAAGAGCAAUCCACAAAGGACAUUGAAUGGAUUGAGCCCUCUGUUGUUUUGUUAUGUAAAGAAUUAGAUGGCACCAUGUUGUUCUGUGAAAGAAUGUUUGGAGUCAAAGAACUUGUUCAAAAGUAAA